AUGCGUCUUCUAGCCACCCUCGCGCCGCUCCUGCCCUUGGCUCUCGCGCACGGCGGCGGCCUUCACGACCCACACGACAAGCCCGACCCGUCCCUCCCCUGGGCGGAACGCCACAUGAUCUCAGAGCACCACAUCCUGAACUACGACGCGGGGGCGUUCUUUUCCCUUCACGACUUCAACAACGACGGGUAUCUUGCACGCGACGAGCUGCUGCGCACGUACGGUCUGGAGUCCGUCGACAAUCCGCCACCCGCCGGACAUAAGUCACCCGACGAGAUCUGGGAGACCGUCAGGAAGCUGGUGGGCCCCCGCGAUGCAGACAGGAUUAGCAGAGAGGAGUGGGCGAAAAGUCAGGUCGUACUCCCAGAUUUUGGAACGGGACCCGGACAUCAUGGCGAUGAUGAGUGGGAGUAUGAGAUCCAUCAUUUUGAGAAGUUCCAUUCCGACGAUAAGGAGGAUGGCAGUGAUAUGGUCAUGCAUCCGGAGGAUGCGGAGCAUUUCGCCCAUCACGAGAAGGAGGAUAAGGAGGCGGCUAAGGAGGCGGUCAUGGAAAGUCUGCAGAUUAACGAAGCCAACAUCCCGCGUAAAUUCAGGGUGCAGGAGAAGGGUAAAUAA